UCCAUGUGAGAAGUAUUGAGACUAUGAAACUUGAGAAAUAAUUUUUAUGUGCAAUGUAUUACAUGUACCAAGAUUUUAAGAUAAACAACAGAUUUGCGUUUCUAACAUAAAACUUGUUAUUUAUUUAUAUGUAUAUUAAUUUACGUGCAGUAACUUUGUUGAUGUUUUUUAAAUUUUAAAUUAAACCUAAAAUGCUUUGGAAAACGAGGAUUCCGGUUGAGCUGUUUUUGACGAGAACUUGUUCCUGGAGAAGAAAUAGCUUUCAACUGAAUUUAAAUAUUAAAUGGUUACGUGAGAUCCUUCAAGCAUGCUAUGCAAGUUCAUCUAGUACAGAACACAAAAGUUUGGAAAACAUCCGAAAUAUUGGCAUCUCAGCCCACAUUGAUUCUGGAAAGACAACCCUAACAGAACGAUUGCUAUUUUAUACAGGAAGAAUUUCAGAGAUGCACGAGGUAAGAGGAAAAGAUAAUGUAGGAGCUACAAUGGAUUCUAUGGAGCUGGAACGGCAGAGAGGAAUUACCAUUCAGUCAGCAGCAACAUACCUUUUGUGGAAAGGAUAUAAUAUAAAUGUCAUUGACACUCCUGGACAUGUAGAUUUCACUGUGGAGGUGGAGAGAGCUCUUCGAGUGUUAGAUGGGGCAGUUUUAGUGUUGUGUGGAGUAGGUGGAGUUCAAUCCCAAACGUUAACUGUUUGCAGGCAGAUGAAACGUUACAAUGUUCCAUGUAUUGCAUUUAUCAAUAAAUUAGAUCGUAUGAGUGCUAGUCAUCACCGGGUUAUUUCUCAUUUAAGGUCAAAAUUAAACUUUAAUACCUCACUGCUUCAACUUCCUAUUGGAUUAGAGAGUAAACACACAGGUGUUGUUGACCUCAUCAAACGUAAAUCUUUAUACUUUGAAGGAAACUUUGGUGAAAUUAUUCGAGAAGAUGAACCUCCUAAAGAAAUGAUAAUGGAGAUGGAAGAAAAACGUCAGGAAUUAAUAGAGCAUGUUUCCAAUGCAGAUGAUAUUCUUGGUGAAAUGUUUUUAGAAGAAAAACAACCAUCUGAAGAGGAAUUAAUGGCAGGAAUUAGAAGAGCUGUCAUUCAGCGAAAGUUCAUUCCAGUGUUAGUGGGCUCUGCGCUGAAAAAUAAAGGGGUACAGCCUCUUCUUGAUGCUGUGAUAUCAUACCUACCAAAUCCAUCAGAAGUGAAUAACUAUGCUUUAGAUGAACAAGGGUCAGAAGAAAAUAAAAUUUUAAUGGAUCCAUCAAGAAAUGAUGCUAAGCCAUGUUUAGCUCUUGCUUUUAAAUUGGAGGCAGGAAGGUUUGGACAGCUGACUUAUCUAAGGUUAUAUCAAGGCAUGUUAAAGAAAGGUGAUUAUAUUUACAAUACAAGAACAGGAAAACGUACCAAAGUUUCCAGAUUGGCGAGAAUGCAUUCUAAUACAAUGGAGGACAUCCAGGAAGCAUAUGCUGGUGAUAUUUGUACACUGUUUGGUAUUGAUUGUGCCAGUGGUGAUACUUUUGUAACAAAGAAAAACUUGAAAGUCUCUAUGGAAUCAAUUUAUGUUCCAGAUCCGGUAAUAUCCAUGUCUAUUAAACCUAAGAACUCGAAGGACAAUGACAGUUUUUCUAAAGGUAUUAACAGGUUUACCCGUGAAGAUCCAACUUAUCAAGUCUACUUUGAUACAGAUAGCAAGGAGACAAUAGCCUCAGGAAUGGGUGAGCUGCAUCUUGACAUUUAUGCACAGAGAAUGGAGCGAGAAUACAACUGUCCAGUUGUGAUGGGUAAACCAAAAGUAGCAUUUCGAGAAUGUCUGCUAGGUCCAUGUGAGUUUGAUUAUCUUCAUAAAAAGCAGCAUGGAGGAGCCGGCCAAUAUGGCAGAGUUGUAGGCGUUAUGGAGCCUCUUCCCCCUGAAGAAAACACCAAGAUAGUUUUCAGUGACGAAACAAUUGGAACAAAUGUACCAAAACAGUUUGUUCCUGCCAUAGAGAAGGGUUUCAGAAUGAUGUGUGAGAAAGGAAUGCUUACAGGUCAUAAAAUUUCUGGUGUGAAGUUUCGACUGAUGGACGAGUUAUAUCACAUGUUUGACAGUUCAUGGAAUGUACAUGUGUAGCAGAUAUUAAUUAACCUAAAAUCUCAUGUUGUAGUGUAUAAACAUGGUAACUGGCAUAUCUUGGAACCUGUAAUGACAGUUGAAGUAACAGGUCCACAAGAAUUUCAGGGUUCUGUCAUGGCUCAGCUUAACCGCAGGCAUGGUAUCAUCACUGGAACAGAUGCUAAUGAAGGCUGGUUUACAGUAGUAGCUGAGGUACCUCUUAAUGAGAUGUUUGGUUAUGCAACAGAGUUGAGAUCAGCUACGCAGGGUAAAGGAGAAUUCAGUAUGGAGUACUGCCGCUACUCCCCUGCUUUGCCUGAAACUGAGCAGGAACUUGUACGACAGUUUGAAGGAGAGAAUAGCAGUACAGAAGCAGAUAAACGCAAGAAGAAGAAUUGAUUUUUAUAGAACAUAAAAUAAUGUAUACUUGUUAAAGUUUAUUUAUGUUUUUUGAAAUUUAAGUUUUCAACAUGAAAUAUAUGGACAAUGAUACAAACUGGUUCUAAAAGAAUUUAAGAAAUAUUUAAAUUUUCUUAAGUUUUAAAAAUCAUUUUACCAGACUCUUUCAUAUCAUCAUUAAUCUGUGUAUGAUAAUAGAAUGAAUCAUUUAAUACCAGUGUCCUCACUAAGAGUGAACAUGCAUAGUGUGUUUAAGUUGAUGUUAUCUGGAGUUAUAACCGUAUUAAAUAGAAAUAAACCAAAUAGUCUUUUAAAACAAC